CUCACUGCCCCCAGCGCGGGCUAGAGCGCCCCAUACAGGAAACCAUAGAGACGGGGCCGGGCUAGAGAGGGCUUGGCCAGGGAAACGUUUCGAAUCUGGAGCACCCGAGUCUUAAGAUGAGAUUUAGCUGAGAAGGUUAAGCACGUCAAGAGGUGUUGGCACCCAGAGCCGAGCACAGGGCCCACUGUCAUGAAACCCUGAGUGGGACUGCUCAGGGGAGAGUGCAUGUCUUCAUGGUUGCUGUGGGUUAUACAGUUGCCCAGCUCUGAAAGGUCUUGAUCCACAGAGGGCUAGGGCUGCCCUCUGUAGUUUCCUGCAAUAAUUUGUGCUUUUCCAGUACAGUCCGUAAUGGACUUCCAGGUACUUAUAAACAUCCAUCUAUUGACACCCUUCAGUCCCUUCAACUCCUGAACAAAAACUCAAAGCCAAGUGUACCGGGGGUGGGGGGAAGGGUAUAUUUAUAUAUUUUCCUUUUAUCUUACUUGUUAAAAGUAAACAUUAGUUUUCUCUUCAUGGCAUACCCUUGGCAUUUUUUUUUUCAACCAUGAAAACUAGAUUUUGUGUCACAUACUGAAUUCUAGUUUGGAGAAGAAAAAACCUCUUAGCUGUGUGACUCUGGGAAAGUCAUUUGAGAUCUUUGUGCCUCGCGGUUUCUGCAUCAGGAAAUGAGACUAUUAACAGUAUCUAUCUCUUAGGUUUAGGAUAAUUAAAUAAGUUUAUACGUAAAGCAUUUAAAACAGUUCCUGCCAAAUAGUAAACACCAUAUUAAUAUUCAUUAAAUAAGGUAGAAACAUGUCAACUUGGGAAAUCCAGUAAGCAGAAGAAUCGGAAAAUUUCAAGUCUGUUAUCAAAGCUCUUUACUCACAGGGCUUUAAUCCAGAUGCCCUUAACUCUUACCCCUUCCAUCUUUCCCAGUGUCACCAGGGAGAGAGUAGAAAUAAAAUUCCUAUCCCAUCUCUGGGGACUGUCCCCUCCCUUGGAAGGCUCAUAAUCUCCUAGCAUGUCAGCCUCCUCUCUUCACAAGUGAUUAAGGGGCCAGGCUCCAAAGAAGAUUAAAGGAACAAUCUGUGGGGUGCACUGGGCAGGGGUACUCUACUCCAAGUUCAACCACCCUGCACUCUAAGAAUCAGCACCCAUGGCCCUUGUGCCAGGGAGCAGCGAGGAUGGGCCUUGGCCCAGAGAUAGCCCAGGCUCCUCUCAGCAUCCAGGUAGUCCUAGGCUGACCAACCGUCCCUGGAAGGAGAGAGGAGAAAUUGGCAGAGUUGAAGGUCACCAGGAUGUCCAGGUUAGUACUUCCCCACCCUGUGUCCUGCUGUUUGCUCAUCCUCUAAUUUGGCCCAAGCUCCCUGCUGUUCCAAUUUAGGUUGUCUCUCAAAAGACCCACAUCCCCUCCAUUGUGGUGGAAGACUCUGAGGUGAGUGAAGAAAGUGGGGAGCUCCGGUGGCCACAUGAGGAGCUGGUGCUGCUCACUGAUGAUGAGGAAGAGGAGGCCGAGGUCUUCUUCCAGGACCAAAGCGAAGACGCAGGCUGGACUUGGAGUUCACUGGACCCUAGAUCUCCCUUAAGAACUCUUAACCCAGAACUCAGCUGGGGGCAGGAGCAAGUAGAGCAAGACACCUCCUGGAUUCCAGAGGACACCGAGUGUCAGGAAGCCCCCAAUCCCUGUCCUCUCUUGGACCCAGCAUCAGGCUCCCGUGUCUGCAGAAGCUGCUUUGUGGAAUAUUCCCAUUUCCUGCCUCCCAGGAGCUUUGAGGGUAAGUAUCACUUUGUCUCCCACAAAUAUUUCGGCUUGGUUUAUGCCUUCUACCCAUCCUUUCACAAUCUUCCCCUUUUAAAAGUGAGAAAAAUGAGGCUUAAAGUUCAGGCCACUGGGUCACACAAGUCAUAUCCAAUGCUGGGAUUGGAUUAA